CAUAGACACGGACAUAACCCUCUGGACAUCACAUCCAGAUCCGGCAUUUUGUCGCGUCAAAAACAAUUGACAUUGAUAAGAAUCAAUCUUCAUCGUACUCCAGCACCGAAAAAUAUAUAAAAAAUAUAUUUAUAAAAUAAUUACAGUAAUUAAUUUGUGUCAUAAUUAAUUUAUAAUUCGGGUCUUGUAUAAAUAGUUUGUGGUUCAGUUUCUACUUGUGACCAAGAGUUUAAUAUUUAAUCCAUUGUAUAAUAUAUAUAUAGUUUAUUGUGUGUGUGUUUUUUUUUUCAUUGCCAAGCACCGACAUGUUUACGAAUUCACAGUUUCGGGACUUGAAAUUAAUUGUCACAGAGUUUUAUAUUUUUUUUUAGCUCGCGAGGUCUAAUUGUAAUUAAGAUAAAUUUAAAUAUAAAUGGGCGUCAGUUUGCUCGGCAAAAGUCUAGUUGAUUGAUUCACUUGUUUAUUUAUUUUAAGUAAAUAAAUAAUAAAUAAACAAAUAAAUAAUGGAGACUGCUAGUGAACAACCUGGUGUUGUUACCCAGGAAGUACCGGCAGUUAGUACUGAGCAGCAGGAGCAUGUCGAAGAACCGAUGGAAGAAGGAGGUGAAGAGUACGGAUUCGAAGGUGACGAGUACCGGCAUUAUAUGCCACGAGGUCGUGGUGGUUUCAGCCCUCACGACCGCGGGUUCGAGUACGGGAUGCGUGGAGGCGGAGGAGGAGGCGGAGGCCCGAGAUUUCGGGGCAGAGGAUUCGGACCCAGAGGCCCGAUUUACCGAGGAACUAACAAUGGGUAUCCUUACGAAGGACCACCGCGACCUAAUUGUCCACCGGGACCCACGGGACCCAGGUACAGAGGCCCUCCGCCGUUUGACCCGAGCUGGGGACCUAUGGGCCCACCAAAUAUGAUGGGACCUCCUAAUUUGAUGGGCCCACCAGGAAUGCCACCUCCGCACAUGAUGAAUGGACCAAUGGCUUCAGGAAAUCCGUACGGACCUCCUGGAAUGGGUCCGCCCAACAUGAACAGCAUUCCAGGCCAGCAGCAACCGCAACAGCAACCUCAGCAGCAAAACAACAUUCCAGGAUUGGACCUUAAUGGCGAGGUAUGGGUCGAAACAAAGACAGCGGAUGGCAAGUCUUACUUUUACAAUAUUCGGUCUAGAGACACUACGUGGACCAAACCCGAGGGCCCAAAUGUUCGGGUUAUGGGUCAAGAUCAGUUGGAGCAACUGGUUCAUGGUGCAGCUAAACAGCCAGCCAGAGAAUCAACCCCAGUGUCAACGGCAAACCAACAACCUCAGCAGCAACAGCAGCCACCGCAACAGCAGCAACCGCAACAACAGCAGCAGCAGCAACAACAGCAGCCGCUUGCUGAGCCAAGAACGCCAGGUAAUGAUCAAUCACCUAAUGCAGAUACAAUGAAUCAGGCAAACACAGCGCCACCAGGUACUGGCCCACCUCCAAUGCUUAAUGAAGCUCAGGAAGUCGUCAACCAACAACAGCAGCAGCAAUCGGUCGUUGAAGUUGCUCAGCCUAAUGGUACAGUGACAAAUGUAAAUACAACAGCAGCAGCAACUCAACCAGUAGCUACAAAUAUGUUGCAACCGCCACCGAACAUGGUACCAAUGCAGCACCGAAUGCCAAAUCAAUAUGGCGCUCCCAUGGCAACUCCAUUUGGUGCGGCACCUUUUGGAAUGCCACCGCCAGGUUUCCAACCGUUUGGUGGGUAUGGCCCGCCGCAAACUGGAUGGGGAAUGCCGCAGAUGCACGGCGUGAUGGCUCCCCAAACACCAGCCGAAGACCCAGCAAUUAUCUCUCAGUUGGACUCGGAGCUAGUGGCGGCAGCGAUGCUCUGGAGCGAGCAUCGCUCUCCAGACGGUCGUCUCUAUUACUACAACAGCAAAGCCGGUGAGUCUGUGUGGGAAAAACCCCAAGCUCUUAAAGAUUUUGAGGCUGCUAAAAUAGCGGUCAGGCAAAAGGCCGAGGAGAUGGCGGCCCCGGAUAUAACCAAUGCUGUGCCUGAUGCUGUGAAGCAGGACAAAGCAGGACAGCCUGAGGCUGCUAACGAUACCAAAGACAGUUUUAAAGAACCGGAGGCCGGUGGUAAGAAGAAAGAAGAGGCUCCGAAAGAGCCGGCCAAGCCCCAAGACAAGUCGCGUCCGAUUUCUAGCACUCCAGUGCCUGGUACUCCCUGGUGCGUCGUAUGGACUGGUGACGGUAGGGUCUUCUUUUACAAUCCUUCGUCGAGAAUUUCCGUUUGGGAAAGACCUGAUGAUCUUCUUGGGCGACAGGACGUUGAAAAGAUGAUGGCCAACAUGCCCGAGGCUGCAGCUAGUCAGAAAAACCCGAGGCCAGAUGACUCCAGUGACAGUAGUGACGAUGACCAGCCUGGUCCUGCUAAGAAACCCAAGCAAGAAGAGCCUGAAGAACCAGCUGCCGCGGUUGUCAAAGAAGAGGAAGAGAAAGAAGGUAAGAAAACGAUAGACAUCGGCAAGGAAGCUGCCAUCGAAGCCGAGGUUCGCGCCGCCAGAGAACGAGCGAUUGUCCCACUUGACACCAGGAUCAAGUCAUUCAAAGAAAUGCUCGCUGAGAAAGACGUAUCGGCAUUCAGUACUUGGGAGAAGGAACUCCACAAAAUAGUAUUCGACCCCCGGUAUCUGCUGCUGACCUCCAAGGAACGCAAGCAAGUCUUUGAAAAGUACGUGAAGGAACGCGCGGAAGAAGAGCGAAGGGAAAAAAGAAAUAAAAUGAAGGAGCGUAAGGAUCAGUUUCAAAAAUUACUCGAAGAGGCAAAUUUACAUGGAAAAUCGUCUUUCAGCGAUUUUGCGCAAAAGCACGGGCGCGACGAGCGUUUUAAAAACGUCGAAAAAAUGCGCGAGCGAGAAAGUCUUUUCAACGAGUGGAUACUGGAAGUGAGAAAACGGGAAAAAGAAGAAAAAAACGCCAAACGAGAACAGGUGAAAAAGGAUUUCACGACAAUGCUACGGGAGCACAAAGACAUCGACAGGCACUCGCACUGGGGCGAUUGUAAAAAAAUCCUGGAGGCUGAUUGGCGGUAUCGCGCCGUCGAUUCCGCGAGUAUGCGCGAGGAUUGGUUUCGCGAUUACAUAAGAAUACUGAAGGACGAACGGAAGCGCGAGAAGGAGCGCGACCGGGAUAAGGACAAGGAGCAUCGACACCGGGACAAGGAUCAUCACAAGUCCGACAAGAAGGACAAGGACCGCAAGGAGGAUAAACACAAAGAAAAAUCUUCCAAGGAUAAGGACAAGGACAAAGAUAAGGACAAAGAUAAAGACAGAGAUAAGGACAAAAAAAGGCGCAGCGAUACUGCCGAGGAAAAUGGAAAAGAUAAGAGGGAUGAUAAAGAGAUUGGAGAGAUCGAAGAUCACGACGAUAAGAAAAAAGAUAAUAAGUAUGAAAAUAAUGAACACUCGGACUCAGAGGAAGAUCGCGAGAAACAAAAACGCGAACGGGAACGGAGAGCCGAGGCGAGUUUACGUGAAAGAGAACGCGAAGUUCAGAGAACUUUGGCUACACAUUUAAGAGAUCGUGAUAAGGAGAGACAGCACCAUAGACACACGGAAGCUGUCCAACAUUUCAGUGCACUACUCGCUGAUUUGGUGCGAAAUGGAGACUUGGCAUGGCGAGAAGCUAAACGUCAGCUAAGAAAAGACCACAGAUGGGAACUCGCCGACAGCUUAGACCGGGAGGAGAAGGAGCGAUUAUUUAACGAACACAUUGAGCAGCUGGGUCGCAAAAAGCGGGACAAGUUCCGGGAGCUGCUUGACGAAGUCGGAGCCUCCACCGAGCUCACGGCCUCGUGGAAAGACAUCAAGAAAUUGCUGAAAGAUGAUCCCAGAUACACCAAGUUCUCUUCCAGCGAUCGGAAAUGCGAGAAGGAGUUCAAGGAAUAUAUCAAAGACAAACUGGUAGCCGCGAAAGCGGACUUCCGCGAGCUGCUGCAGGAGACUAAAUUGAUAACCGACAAAACGUACAAAAAGGUGCAGGAGAACAGCGCAUGCUUGACGGAAAUAGAAGACAUUUUGAAGAAAGACAGGAGAUUUUUAGUGUUAGACGCCGCGGCCGCCGAGCGCACGAGAUUACUUAUGGGUUACCUUGAAGAACUGGCACGCAGAGGCCCACCUCCGCCUCCUACUGCCUCAGAGCCUUCUCGUAGACCCACGACCAACUGAUCUACCUGUCCAACUUCCGACACCAAAUCAUCAAGUUUAUAUAUAGACAAAAAUUAAAAGAUUUAAAAAAUAAAUACAUUUAUUAAGUAAAACCCCCACCAUUGUCAUGUAAUUUUAGGUUCAAUAAUAAUGCCUUUAAAUUUAUAUAUCUAUUAAAUUUAUAUCAUUGAUUUAA